AUGGCUGAAAUAGUUACUGUUGUUGGUUCCAAAGUUGCUGAACAAGUUACAGAGACUGUGUAUGAUUUCAUUUGUCGGAAGAUUUCCUAUGUGUUCAAGUACCAGAAGUAUAUAGAGAAGGCAAACGAACAAGUUGAGGAGGUUAGAAGUCGAAAACAAGAUGUGGAAACAGAUGUUGACGUUGCUGAAAGACAAGGGGAAGAGAUUUACAAUGAAGUUAAAGACUGGCUGAGGGGCGUGGAAGGUUUCAUGGAACGUGAAGUAAAGCUCGUUGAUGAUGAAGAUAAAGCAAAGAGGCGCUGUUUCAAAGGGCUGUGUCCUGAUUUGAUGAAACGAUACAGGCUCAGCAAGGAUGCAGAGCAGGUGUUAGAGGAUGGAGCCAAGCUCUUGGAAAAAGGAAAAUUCAGAGGAGUUUCCCACCCCGUUAUUCUACAGAGGACGGAAUCCAUAUUUGUCGGUGAGGAGUAUGAGCACUUUCACUCCAGAGAGUCCAAUUUCAACGAUAUCAUGGAGGCAUUGAAGGAUUCUACUGUUAACAUGAUUGGAGUAUACGGGAUGGGUGGUGUGGGCAAAACCACACUGGUCAGAAAAGUUGCUUGGAAAGCAAAGGAAGAUAAUUUAUUUGAUGAGGUGGUCUUUGCUGAGGUAAAACAGAAUCCGGAUCUUAAACAAAUUCAAGCCGACAUUGCUGGUCAAUUGGGCAUGGUAUUUAGAGACCAGGAGAGUCUAUCUGGAAGAGCUGAUCAAUUACGUUAUAGGUUGAAGAAUGCCAGAAUCAUUGUAAUUGUAGAUAAUAUCUGGAAGAAGCUUGACUUGAAGGUUGUUGGGAUUCCUUUUAGCUAUGAUGAUAAAGGUAGCAUCCAACAAGACAAGAAAGAAAGCAACGAUGAGCAAGUGCGAUGCACAAUAUUAUUAACAGCGAGAACACAAGUUGUAUUAAAACAAAUGAAUACUCAGAAGUAUUUAUCUGUUGAGCCUUUAGCUGAAGAUGAUGCAAGAAAUUGGUUUGGGAACAUUGUUGGUGAUUUAACAGAUAUAGCAGCUAAAAUAAUUGAAAAAUGUGCAGGUUUACCACUUGCACUUACAAUAAUUGCAAAUGCUUUGAAUGGUAAGAGUGAUUCUGUCUGGAGGGAUGCGUUACGUCAGUUAGAAAAUUCUAAUCCAAGAUGUGUUCCAGAAAUGGAUAACACUUUAUACUCAACUAUUGAAUUGAGUUACGAAUUGUUGAACAGUGAAGAAGCAAAAUCACUGCUUCUACUUUGUGCUCUUUCUUAUGCGGGUUGUGAUAUAGAUUUCAUUUGCCUUCUGGUAGGUGGUAUGGGGUUGGGCUUGUUUCAAGAUGUUUAUACGAUUAACGAUAGAAUGAAUAGAAUCAAGUCGCUGAUUGAUUAUCUCGAAGCUUCGUGUUUGUUGUUGAAAGGUAAUAAUAAUGAGACGGUCAAAGUGCAUGACAUCACUCAUGUUGUUAUUACAUCAAUUGCCAAAGAGAAACGUAUGUUUAAUUUUCAUGAUGCCGAUGGCUCUAAAGAAGUGUUGGUGAAGGAAAUGUACAAAGAUUCGAUUGCAAUUUCUUUGUGCUAUGGAGACAUUGAUGGGCUUCCUGAAAGGGUAAAGUUUCCGAACCUCCAGUUAUUUGUUUUGUUUCUUGAAAAAGAUCCUUUUUCACAAAUCCCAAACCACUUUUUUCAAGGGAUGAUGGAACUCAAAUUUCUAGAUUUGAAGAAAGUUCAUUUAUUACCACUACCCUCGUCCUUUCUUUGCCUAACAAACCUUCAAUCAUUGGCUCUGAGGAAUUGCACUUUAGGAGAUAUAACAAUGAUAGGAGAGCUAAGAAAUUUAGAGAUUCUUGGUUUUGAAGAUUGUGGUUUUGAACAGUUGCCUGAAAGUUUUAAACAAUUGUCGCAACUAAAGCUAUUACUAUUGAUCAAUUGUCCAAAGCUUAAAGUAAUCACACCAAAUGUCAUAGCCAGCUUGUCUCGAUUAGAACAGCUAUUUAUAUGUAAUAGCUUUGAUCGCUGGGAAGUUGAAGGACAGAAUAACGCUAGUCUUGCUGAGUUGAAGAGAUUGUCUCAACUGAACUCUUUACGCAUACAUAUCCCGAAUCUGCAGAUUAUACAGCAGGACUUUAUCCCUGAGAAUUUAGAUAAGUAUGAAGUACAUAUUGGAGAUGGAUGGGAGUGGUCUGGUGACUAUGAAACCUCGAGAACAUUGAGACUCAAGUGCAAUGGAAGUCUUCAUUUGAGGUAUGGGGUUGAAAUUUUGGUGGAGAAAGCUAAAUAUCUCUAUCUAGAUCAGCUAAAUGGUGUUAAGGAUAUACUUUGGGAACUUGACAGAGAAGGUUUCCCACAAUUAAAGCAUCUCUCUGUACAAAAUAGUUCUGAAAUUUUGUAUAUUGUCAACUCAAUGGGAUGCACUCCUUCUAAUGAUUGCUUUCCAAUCCUAGAAUCAUUGUUUCUUGUUAAUCUAAGUAAUAUGGAGAAGAUAUGUUGCAGCCUAGUCAAUGCGAAGUCUUUCAGCCAAUUAAGAGUCAUAAAAGUAGAAAAGUGUGACAGGUUGAGGUAUCUCUUCUCAUCCUCUAUGGCUGGAAACAUCUCUCAGAUAAAAGAAAUCAAAGUAACUGAUUGCAAGAAGCUAAAGGCGAUUUUUGGUGAAGAAAGUGCAAACCAUGUUGAUGAAAACGAAAGGAAUCGUAAGGUUGAGUUUAAACAAUUGCAUUCCCUAGUACUACAAUGCUUGCCACAAUUCAUAAUUUUUGGCUUGAAGGUUGUGUUUCCAAGAUUGGAGAACUUGAACAUGUCCUCGAUUAAUAUUGAGAACAUAUGGUUUGGUCAACCUCAACCAAUGUCUUCCUAUAUGCAAUGCUUAAAAAGCUUAACUUUGGAGGAUUGUAAUGGUUUGAAGUCUAUCUUUUCAUCCUCCAUGGUCAAAAGUCUCAUGCAACUCAAAAACCUUGUGAUAUGCAACUGUAAGUCAAUGGAAGCAGUAAUAUUUGACUCAGAAGGGUUAGAAGGAGAAGAUAAGAUAAUUGAUAUGAGUUUUCAAAAACUAUUCUACCUAAAGCUGGCGGCUCUUCCAAAACUCACAAGAUUUGGCACUGGAAAUUCAAUUGAAUUCCCCGCCUUGAAUGAACUUCACAUUGAGAGUUGCUCUAAUUUGGAGAUAUUCUUUCAAAAUUCUUUUGGUGUAGACACGCUAAGAAAGGAACCUGAUGAAGUGGGCUUGGAAAAAUAUAUUACUAAUAUAAAUCCCCUCUUCAACGAAAAGGUUGCUUUUCCAAGCUUGGAGAAGAUGAUACUCUUACACUUGGAUAACUUGCAGUUGAUAUGGCACAACCAACUCCAUAAAGAUUCCUUUUCCAAGCUAAAAGAAGUGAGAGUCGAAUACUGUGAAAAGUUGUUGACUAUUGUUCCUUCUAAUUCUACUCAAGGACUUCUUACCUUUCACAAUCUAGAAACAUUAACCGUUGACAGUUGUUGGAAUAUGAAAAGUCUCUUUCCAGUUUCCAUAGCUACUGGUCUUUUGCAACUUAAAGAGCUUACGAUUAUCUCUUGCGGGUUUGAGGAAAUUGUUGCCAAGGAGGAAGUAAAUGAGACCCCUAGUUUUUUGUUUCCUCAAUUAACCUUCCUCAGACUUGAUAAUUUAUCGAAACUUGAACAUUUCUACAUGGGGUUGCAUUCAAUAGAGUGGCCAAUGCUAAAACAGUUGUUGGUGUAUAAUUGUGGAAAGAUAAAAGUAUGUGCUUCAGAUGGAGAGAGUCAACCUGCCCUGUUUUCCUUUGAAAAGGUCAUACCCAAUUUGGAAUGUUUGGGUUUAAAUGCCGAUAACAUUACACCCAAAUGCUUGGAUCGUAUUCCGGCUAGGAGCUUUAGGAACCUUAAAUUUCUUGGACUGGUUAAGUGUGGCAACGAAUUAAUGGCAUUUUGGUUUGGUGUUCUUAAAAAAUUGUACCAUCUGAAUUCACUCUAUCUAUAUGAUUGUACUUUCCAAGAACUAUUCCCAUAUGAAGGAUGUCUAUGGAAAAAAGAUUCCCAAGUGGACACAUUUCUUCAAAAUCUUCAAACUCUGGAAAUAUGGAGAUGUCAUCGUUUGACAUAUUUAAUGUCGUCCUCCACGAUUUUCUUCAAAAACAUUAAGAAUUUGGAAGUCCAUUGUUGUAAUGGAUUGGCAAAUAUAUUAGCAUGCUCAGCAGCGAGAGCUCUUGUCCGUCUCACAACAAUCAGAAUAACAGAAUGCAAGUUUGUGACAGAGGUAAUAGUGACUGAGGUAGAGACAACGGAAGAAGAGAUUGUUUUCAGCCAAUUGAAAAUUCUGGAGCUUCAUUGUUUAACAAGCCUCACAAGCUUCAGCUCAGCCAAUUGUGCUUUCAAAUUCCCAUGCUUAGAACAAGUAAUUGUUAGUCAAUGCCCCAAUUUGAAGAUCUUUUCCCGAGAAGGCUUAAGCACACCAAAAUUAAAGAGAGUACAACUAACACAGAUGAUUGAUGAAGAAUAUUUGUGGAAAGAUGACCUUAAUUCCACUAUCCAUCAGAUGUUUACGAAUAUGGUUGGUUUUCGUGAAUUCGGACAUUUGAAGCUUGGUGAAUUUCCCACUUUAAAAGAAAAUAUAUGGAAUGGCAAAGUUCCAAUUGAUUUAUUCUACGAUUUGAAGUCGCUAGUGCUAGAUGGGCUUUCUGGUGUUGCAACUAUAAUUCCAUCCAAUGUGUUAAGCUACUUCAAAAAUGUGGAAACAAUAGAGGUAAAAGGCUGUGAUUCCCUGAAAAAGGUGUUUGAUAUGGAAGAGCAACUUGAUUAUGUUGAUGGACAUGCAACGAAGAGAAGUCAUCAUGAAAUUUUGGGCUUCAAAAAUCUGAAAUCAUUGAAAGUUGAUCACUGCAACAACUUGAGAUACAUAUUUACUGCAUCUUUUGUCUCGAGCCUUGUGCAACUCGAACAGAUAGAAAUAAAAAGUUGUGCUUUGGUUGAAGAAAUCAUUACAAAAAGAGGGGAAAAGAAUGCGGUCAUUGAUAAAAUUGAAAUCCCUCUGUUGAAGUCCAUUAAUCUUGAGUCUUUACCAAGCUUGACAAGCUUCUAUUCAGGAAGUAGUAUUUUGGAAUGUCCUCCCUUGGAAACUAUCAUCAUAAAAGACUGUCAGAAUAUACAUUUGAAGGACUUCAGCCUCCACUUUCCAUCCCUUUUCAGUGAAAAUGUUGUGUUUCCUACCAUGGACGACUUAACUUUAUCCUCAACCAUCACUGAGUCGAUAUGGCAGAGCCAACUGCCAGCAACAUCUUCUUGCUUUGAGAAGUUAACAAUCUUGGUCAUCGAUGGCUUUGAUCAUUUAAAAUAUUUUUUCUCUUCUUCAAUGGUCAAAAGCCUUUUCGAAUUGAAGGAGCUUGAGAUAUCCAAUUGUAAGUUGAUAGAAGGAAUUAUAGUUGAAGAUGAGGAGAGGACGAAUACAGUUCUGUUUCCUAAAUUAUACCAGCUGAAGCUUAGAGAUCUUCAAAAACUCACAACGUUCUGCCACUCCACGGGAAAUUUUGUUGAAUUGUCCUCCUUAUUCAGAUUGUGGAUUGAAAAUUGUCCUGGUAUGAAAUCAUUUGUCUCCAAUUCUAUAUGGAGUGACAUGACAUCAACCAGAAAACUUGAAGAAAGGAACUCAAAUGAGAACCUCCACGCUCACAUGCAAUCUCUUUUUGAUAAAAAGGUAAGACUCCCUUGUUUGGAGAGAUUGAAAAUCCGUUCUGCUGAUGAGUUGGUAAAAAUAUGGGACGAUCAGGUCUCUUUGGAUUCCUUCUGCAGUUUAAAUCGUGUGUUUGUACGGUUUUGUAAAAAACUUGUAAAUGUUUUUCCACCUAACAUGCUUGGGAGACACCAAGAACUAGAGUGGCUGGAAGUACAAAAUUGUGAUUCAGUUGAAGAGAUAUUUGAAGUGCUAGAGAAAAGAUCUGGCAUAAUGGAGGAAAUUGUUGCUAAUGAAGAAGCAGGUCAUAGAUUUGUGUUCUCCAAAUUAACAAGCUUGUAUCUACAGAUGCUUCCAAGUCUCAAAAGUCUUUACCCAAAAAAACAUAUUUCAGAAUGGCCGGUUUUAGACGAGUUGAAGGUAUGUGGAUGUAACAAUGUGGAGACUUUAGCUUCAGAAUUUCUGAGCAUCAAAGGGACUCAUGGACAGAGUCAAAAUGAGACCCCAAAUCAAAGACCACUGUUCUUGGUUUACAAGGAUGCAUUCCCUAGAUUGGAAGAGCUUGAGUUAUGUGAAAUGCCCAGAUUGUUGCAUCUAUGGGGAGGAAAUCCUCAACCUAACAACGCUUUUCAAAAUCUGAAGACUCUAAAACUAUCAGAAUGUGGCAGUUUAGAUAAUUCAUGGUCAUCUUCAGUGUCUUUCCAAAAUUUGUUGAGUUUGCAAGUAUCAAAGUGUGAUGGAUUGAGAUAUUUGCUAAGCCUUUCAAAAGCUAAAACUCUGAAGUGGCUUACAAAUAUGAAUAUAUCUGAAUGCAAAAUGAUGGAUCAAAUUAUAUCCAGUUUGGAAGGUGAAAUGGUGGAGGAUUCAAUUGCUUUCAACUAUUUGAAUAAUUUGGAAAUUCAUUGUUUACCAAGCCUUACAAGCUUUUGUGGUGGAGAUAUUAGUCUUGAUUUUCCAUCAUUGAGAAAAGUAAUUGUCAAACAAUGCUUGAAGAUGGAGACUUUUUCUCUUGGAGUUUUAAGCACGCCAAUGCUACAAGCGUUACAAUUGAUAGAAGGAGAGGAUGAAGUUGAAGAAUGUGGGGAAGGCAACCCUGAACUUAAUUCUGCCAUACAGCAACUGUUCAAUAAAAGGAAUGUGCAGAGUUCUAAGGAAGAUUAAGGCCAUUCUUCAUGUGGAAGCUGGAAUUUGUUUAUAUUGCUUCAGAUAGACUAUAGCUCCAUUUUCCUGAAGAGGAAGAUGUUUUUUCAUUCUGCUAUCCUCAUUGAUGUUGUCUUGAAAUUUGGUUGAAUAGAGUAGUGCUCUCUUAGCACAUUCAUCCUGUUGCUUUACUGCUUGGAUUUGUUUUAUUCAUUCGGAAUUCUGCAGUUGUCCAACAAUUUUUCAAUACGCUGUUUGUGAAUUUCUGUUUUAAUGCAUUAUUGGCUCUAUCAACAUUGAGUUUCUGGUCUAUUUCCAUGAUUUUGUGAUAAAUUACUAUAUUUUCUCUGUUUCUUUUAAAUUGACUAAUGUCAAAUAGAAAACUUUUCUGCUUCAUCAUUUUCUGAUCUUCCAAAACCUUAAACUGAAAAAAUUGAGCUCAAAUUCUGCAACUCACCACUGGAAAUCACAAGUGUCGUUCGCUGUAGGUACUCAUGAACUUGAAGAUCUGACAGGUUUAUUUUUCUUAUCCUUUACCUUUCAUUUCUAUUAAGAAAGAUGAUUCUGCCGAAUGCAAGAAGAAUUUAAAUCCUGAGUAUGUUUGCUGGUAAAGAAUUUUAAAUUGCUUGUAAGUUGGUUGCUUGCUUUGAUCUCAAAAUUUAUGUUUAGUCAUGUAUCUAUCAAACUUGUUCUUUUUGAAGUUGUUCUUUUUUGUUCACUGGUGUAACUCCAAUGCUUAAAGAAGUCAUCAGAGGAGCGUUUUUCCAUUGUAAAAAAGGACAUCCUUUUUUGUACCAUUUCCGAACAAGUUGACAAAUUUCCUGGAUACAUAAAAAGAGAUCCUUUCUUUUCAUCACUUUUGACAUGUUUAAAAAGAAUAGUGAGGACUAUAACAUUUAUUAUAGCUUUUUAAUAAGUUAAACUCUUUGGAGACUGUGCAGAUAUCUACUUAUUAAAACUUCCAGUAUGUUUUUCGUGGUUAUUUUACAGAUAGCUCUUCUUCUAAUUAGAAAUAGGGCCUGAUAUGGACGUGCAAGGCAAUGAUACACUCUGCCUGGGGUCCUUAAUUAAAAGAUUUAGAUCAAAACUGGUAAAUGCCACAAACACUAUGCUUAAUCUUGAACAAUAAAUUUCUUGGGUUAUUUUGCAGAGUUUGGCUUCAAAAGUUAUUUAUGGUAAGACAAGUGAGCAUAAUGGUUGCAUUGUAGUUGAAGAUCCCCACAUUUGCAUUUUAGUGAAGGUUUCUGCUACUGCUUUUGUGAAAUUUGUUGAGAGGUGUUUGUGACCAAUUGUUGAAAUUUUGGCAGCUGGAGAGUUAUGUUAGGGUUCUGUUGAAAGCUUUACAAAACUUAAGAUUUUCAAGCCUAUUGCCUGUAGGCAUGGUUUGUGGAGACUAGAAGGAAGCUGUGAUUUCAGAGACAUGGAGCUCCAUUUUGAUUUGGAAGCCAAUGAUAGAUACACUCCCUUAUUAAAGAACUGUCUUAUGAAGCCACAAGAAGGAUCCAUUGCUUCACCUCCUUAAAGAGCUAUAUAUGACAGAGCUUCCAGAUCCUAACGUAAAGCCAUAACAUCCUAAUAUGAGAUGAGGAGUUGAAGCACAACAAUGCACGCAUUCAGCUCUUAAAAUUCGAUGGUUGUUUCCUUCUCAAGUAAUCAUUGUAAGAGGCCAAUUUCCUUCUUCUCCAAAAUUAUGUGGGCUUGGUGGGUCAUCAGUGGCCUGGCUUGAUGGGGUGUUAGUGGGUUCGUCUUAGGUGGGCUUGCAGGAUGGGUUGUUGCAUUUAGACAAGCCACACAGCCUGUAAAGCUAUAGGACUAAAAACAUACUGAGUUCACCAAUGCACUGUAUUUUAUUUCAAUCAAAACAGAGGCUGAUGAAUGACAGAACUCACCACAUGCACAUAAAAAAUGUAACUUUUCAUUCAUUCUGCUAUUAACAUAAUGUAUGAAGUAGUAAUUUAUAUACAUAAUUUCCUUAUAAACCUCAAUUCAAUAACCCUCUUUCAGUUUCCCCUCUGAAAUGAGCCAUUCUCCACUUCCAGCUCCGAGCAAGCUGACGAUUUCAUCUUCACCGAAGGAUGGCUUCAACAAGCUUCAUGGUUUGGAGAGUUCACUUGCUUCAUUCCUAUCAAACCAUUGCAAGAACUGAAAGUAGUUUUGAUAUUGCUAAGGAUGAUGAGGGUACAACUAGUCCUAGUUGGAAGGUUACUGGUCAAUUAGAUAUUGAGCAACAGUUUCUUACAAAGACUUACCAGGGGCCUUGGACCAAGAAACUGGAAGGAGUGACAGUGAGAAUUUGGGGAAAACUAUCUCUUGACCACGUCAUGCCAUUUCUGAGGGAUUCUCUACAGCCAAAAAAAUAAUCCAAGUGGAACUACAGUGGCCCAUUGUUGUAUUGCCAAAGGAGAGAGGCAAAUCAUUUUCAGCAGAGGAUACAUCUGGAGCAGUGGUCCAACACAAGGGACACGUUAAUGUUACUUAAGCAGAACUGAGCCCCUAGUUGGUGUUAUGUGUUUGCCGGAUGGUUAGCUUCUCUUCUAAUCAGCAAUGGAGCAAGAUUUGGAUGUGGAAGGGAAUGAUACUUUCUGCCUGGGGAAGCGUUAAUUAGAAGAUUUAGACCAACGCUGGUAAAUGCCACAAAGACUAUGCUUGGAUCUGGAAUGAUGAAAUUCUGGAGUUACGUGUCAGAAUUGGAUUUCAAAAGUUAUGUGUGGUUGAAGAUUUUAGCUGGACUCCUACAGUUGCAAAAGGUUUCUGCACAGCUUCAUGAAAAUUUUCAAGUGGUGUUGGUGCUGAAGCCUUUUUCAAAGCCUAUGAUUUGCAAGCCUGCAGGAAUUGUUUGUAGUUUUUUGCUAAUAUUUCAUGUUACUGAUGUUGAGGCUAGAAGGAAGUUUCGAUAUAUUUUAUUCUUUGAAAGUCUUGUUUCUGCAGCUAAUUUUCACUUUCUCUGUUAAAAUUUAACUGCUUUCACUUCUAGCAAUGGCAUAAAUUCAUUAUCCAUUGAGCAGUUAUCAAUGUUUUCUAAAAGUCCAGUCGGUUGUGUUUGGUGGACAGGUGCUCUUCUAACAAUGGCAUAAAUUCAUUAUCCAUGGAGCUCCAUUUUGAUUCCAAAGGCAAUGAUACACUCCCUUAAAGAUUGAAUUGUCUUGAGAAGCCACAACAGGAUAUAUAUAUUGUGUGUUUUCCAGAUGGUUUUCUUUCCA